GGUGAUCGAGAUACUACUUCUAGGACCAAUUAAACUACUAAAGAAGCGAUAAUGUCAGGGUUUAAGAAGUUUACUGAUUUCUUGUUUUCCAAACAAUCCUUGAGAUAUGUUUGUACUACUCAUUUUUGGGGGCCGGUGUCGAAUUUCGGGAUUCCCGUUGCUGCGUUAUUAGAUUUGAAGAAGGAUGCUGAUUUAAUUAGUGGACCAAUGACUGGAUCAUUGAUUAUAUAUUCAUUAGUAUUUAUGAGAUACUCGAUGGCAGUCACUCCACAAAACUAUUUAUUAUUUGGAUGUCAUUUUGUAAACGAAUUGGCUCAACUAGGUCAAGGAUUUAGAUGGCUCAAUCAUAAUUACAAUUCACCAAAAGCUAUAACCAAUGAAGAAAAGAAAUGAUUUCCACCUCUCCCUAUUUAUUUGAAU